AUGCCCAAGUUUGAGGAGCUGGAAGCCCACUCAUCCUGCCAUGUCCACUCCCUCUCCACUCCUAUAACUCCUGUCCCCAGCAACCUGAUUGCCAAAAGAUACAGCAUCCUACAGAGAUUGGGCAGAGGGAGUUUUGGCACUGUUUACCUCGACAGGGACUUGGACUGUCAUCUGGAGGAAGUGAGAGAAGCAGGGCAGAGCUUGCCUGAGACCCAGGUCACCGAUUGGCUGAUCCAGCUGCUGCUUGGACUCCACUACAUGCAUAACAUGCGCAUCCUCCACAGAGAUCUGAAGGCCAAAAAUAUCUUCCUGAAAAGGAACAUAGUUAAAAUCGGUGAUUUUGGGGUGUCCUGUCUGCUGAUGCGGUCAUGUGACCUGGCCACCACCUUCACGGGCACGCCUUACUACAUGAGCCCUGAAGUACUGAACCACCACGGUUACGACUCCAAGUCUGAUAUUUGGGCCCUAGGCUGUAUCCUGUAUGAGAUGUGUUGCCUGUCACACGCCUUUGAAGGACACAACUUCUUGUCAGUUGUGAUGAAGAUAGUGGAGGGAGAAACCCCCAGACUGACAGCCAGUUACUCUCUGGAGCUCAACACACUCAUGCAAAGGAUGCUGGAGAAAACCCCGUCAUCCAGGCUCUCGGCUGCAGAAGCUCUGAAGACAAAAUUCAUUGAGGACAGUAUGCAGAUCUUAAAACACAAGUUCUGUAGUCUGACGCUGAGAGACAAGACAUCGGCGGGAGAAAGAGACGCAGCACAGAUAUUGAAAGCGGUGCAGAGAAAGGUGCACCUUCAGACACUGAGGGAGAAGUCAGAACUAGACAGAAUGACCCCCAGGGAGAGAAUGAGGCUGAGGAAGCUGCAGGCUGCCGACGACAAGGCCAGGAGGCUUAGGAGACUUGCUGAGGAAAAAUACCAGGAAAACCACUUCCGAAUGCAGGAGCUGAGGAGCCGCCAUUUAGAGAAAGUCAGUUUGGACGUCUUGAAUGAGAGUGCAGGAGAUGCAGUCCACCAGACUGCACCAAUCACAGCUGAGGACUACCGGUUGCUGGGUUGCUCACAACCAAUGGGAAGGCAGCAGCAGGACAAGAUGUGA